AUGGAGGUCUACAUCGAUGAUAUGCUAGUGAAAUCUCUAGAGGCGGAAGACCAUAUCUCGCACCUAGAACAGGCUUUCUCUACCCUUCGCAAGUAUAACAUGAAACUAAACUCAGCCAAGUGCUCGUUCGGCGUCAGCUCCGGAAAGUUCCUAGGGUACAUUGUAACCCACCGGGGCAUAGAAGCCAAUCUGGACCAGAUCAGGGCUAUCCAUUCCAUCCCUUCCCCAAGAAAUGUGAAGGAAGUACAGAAACUGACCGGCAGGAUGGCAGCCUUAAGCAGAUUCAUCUCCAGGCUCUCCGACAAAUCCCAUGCCUUCUUUGAGACCCUUAAGAAGCCAAAAGAUUUUGAAUGGACCGAGAAGUGUGAAUCGGCCCUCGAGGAGCUCAAAACCUAUCUUACCACGCCUCCCCUCUUAUCCAAAACAUUGCAUGGCGAAGUCUUGCUGUUGUACCUUUCUGUCUCAGAGCAUGCAGUCAGAGCUGUCCUGGUCCGUGAAGAGGGGAGCAAGCAGCUACCAAUCUACUACGUCCUAGCGGACUUUGUAGCUAAGCUCUCCCAAGAUCUACUCCCGGCCCUCGAACAGGAGGUACGCCUCCAGAAAGAGGCCGACGAGGAAGGAGAAUGGGUCUUGCAUGUAGACGGCUCCAGCAACAUUCGAGGAGUAGGAGUGGGGAUCGUGCUCACAUCGCUAACAGGAAAUACGGCCUCAAGAGCCAUAAGGUGUAACUUCAAAGCAACGAACAAUGAAAGUGAGUACGAGGCCUUGAUUGCAGGACUAUCGCUCGCCCACUUGCUAGGUGCCGAAAAUAUCCAAGUCUACAGUGACUCCCAGCUAAUUAUCAACCAGGUACAAGGAGAAUAUCAAUCCAAAGACGACAGAAUGAUCCAAUAUUUGGCAGUUGCUCAGCGCCUCAUAAGCAAGUUUAAAAGCUGUAAACUCACGCAGAUCCCCAGGGAGCAGAAUUCACAGACCGACGCUCUGGCUAACCUAGGGUCGGCCCUCCAGAUGCAGACUCAGAUGAGCAUCUCAGUAUUAGUGUUGCAAUGGCCGGCCACCCUAGAACGCGCCAAACGAAGAGUUCUCUGCCAUCGAGGAAGAAGAAACCUGGAUGACCCCCAUAGUUCGGGAGUAUUGUAUCACAGGUCAUUCGUCGGUCCAUACCUAAGGUGCGUCACGCCCCGUGAAGCAGCUAUAAUCCUGGUCGAACGACAUGAAGGAGAUUACGGAUCUCAUUCCAGCGGGAGGAGCCUGGUGCUGAGAGCUAAGAGAGCAACCUAUUAUUGGCCAACAAUGGCGAAAGAAGCUAACAAGAAGGCUAGACUCUGCGACAGAUGCCAAAGACACGCCCCAAUCCCUAGGCUACCUCCGGAAAACCUCAAGUCCAUAAGUUCGCCAUGGCCCUUCAGGAAAUGGGACAUGGACAUAGUAGGAAAAUUCCCCACAGCGCCGGGGCAGAAAGUCUUCAUCCUAAUAGUAACAGAUUACUUCUCAAAAUGGGUCAAAGCAGAGGUACUCAGCAGAAUAACCAACCUCCAGAUCAGAAAGUUCAUAUGGGCGCAUGUGAUCACAUGGUUCGAGGUUCCAGAAGAAAUCGUCACCGACAACGGCCCCAGUUCACAAUCCAACGGACAAGCGGAGUCCACAAACAAAACCAUGGUAAACAUGCUAAAGAAGCGUCUGGAAGGAUCACAGGGGAAUUGGGCAGAGGAACUACACGGAGUUCUUUGGGCCUACCGAACCACUCCAAAAACGGCAACCCAGGAAACGCCUAAUGCCCUGGUAUACGGGGCAGAGGCAAUAAUCCCAACCGAAAUGCAUGUGAAGACCACGAUCUCAGGAACCACCUCUCAGGAGGAGAACCACGAGCUAAUGUCACUAAGCCUCGACCUACUCGACGAAAAGAGAGAAGCCGCUCGACUAAGAAAUCGGGCAUAUCAACAAGAAGUAGCCAAAACCUAA